UUUGAAGGAGAAGACAAAAUAACAAAUGCCUGCUCAGUACAUUAUUUCCCAUGUCAUGCUUUUUGUCAAUAUGACAGAGGAGCAUUCCUGCAGAAGGCAAAGCUGCCCCCAAAAGUGAAGGGUGCUGCCCCCAGGGCUUCGAGCUGGGCAUCGUGAAUUCUCUUCAAGUUGUCAAAGUCCUGGGAAGUUUUGAUAAGCAAAUACUUUCUGGGCUCUGCCUCUUAUUGGCUGUUUCUUCACCGCCAGAUUUUGACACAAAUAAUCUGAUUGAAAAAUCAGGGAGGGGAACAGGGGGAAAAAAAAAACAGAGAGAAAAAAGGAGAAGUAUCUAUUUCAACUGACUGCGACCAAGUGAAAAAGUGGAAGAGGAGUCCCGAGAGAGGACGACGUCUCGCUUGUCUGGGGAGAUUUCAAGGCAAAUCCAGUAAAGCAAAGUCCCUCAAACAGGUGAAUGGAAGAUGCCACGCUCCUUUCUGGUGAAGAGCAAAAAGGCUCACACCUAUCACCAGCACCGCUGUGUGGAAGAUGACCUGCCAGUGCUCCCGUGGGGUCCAGUCCCCUCUGCCUUCACUGCCACAGGAGACAGGACAGCAGAGGACAUCAAGAAACAGGACCUGGGAUGUGUGGUUCCAAAACAAGAAAAGGACCCACCUGAACUGAAAGAAGAGAGUGUCCCUGUCCAGUACCUGAGCAGGAUGCUGCCAGGCCCUUCACAAGAGAUGGCCAUGCCAGGGCUGCAGAUCAAGGACUGCACUAACACAGCGAGCCCCCCAACCUUCUACAAAGCUGGCUUUUCCUGGGAUGCUUUCCACAUGCCAUACAGCUACCAGCAGAUGUCUUCCAGCAUGCAGUCAGCCCUGCUGGAGCACCCUGUGAGCCUGUAUGGGAGCCACCUCCUGCCCAGCACCGAGCCCCCCCUGGAUUACAGCCUGCAUUAUUCCUCAGACAUGGAGACCUUCCACUGCGUGAAGUGCAACAAGGUGUUCUCCACUCCCCAUGGGCUGGAGGUCCACGUCCGAAGGUCUCACAGCGGGACCCGUCCCUUUGCUUGUGAAGUGUGUGGCAAAACCUUUGGGCACGCUGUGAGUCUGGAGCAGCACACCAACAUCCACUCCCAGGAAAGAAGCUUUGAGUGCAAGAUGUGUGGGAAGACAUUCAAACGUUCCUCCACCCUCUCCACUCACCUGCUGAUCCACUCGGACACACGGCCCUACCCCUGCCAGUACUGCGGGAAGCGCUUCCACCAGAAGUCAGACAUGAAGAAGCACACCUACAUCCACACAGGGGAGAAGCCCCACAAAUGCCAGGUGUGUGGCAAAGCCUUCAGCCAGAGCUCCAACCUGAUCACCCACAGCCGCAAACACACGGGCUUCAAACCCUUCAGCUGCGAGCUCUGUGCCAAGGGCUUCCAGCGCAAGGUGGAUCUGCGCAGGCACCGAGAGACCCAGCACAGCCUCAAGUGAGGGGUCUCUGCUGGAGCUCCACCUUCAAGACUGUCCCCAGCUCCUCCAUCCAGCUCAUAAAGCUCCCGUGGUGUCCUGUGCUCCCCUGGGGACUGAACAAGUCGUGCAUUGGCUUUGGUGUUUGGCACCACAGGGCCUUGCACAUCCCAAAGAAACCUGUGGGAGCUUUCGCUUUUUGAUUGCAACAGGUACCAGCCCAGAUCUGACAUCACCUGCUCAAGUGUAAAUCCAGAGGAAUUCCUCCAAGGUCACUGUUACUCUGGCUUUACACCAGGAGCAGAAUCCAGUUUGUCAGGCUGCCCAGCUGGGAGGAGGGGACUCCUGGGCUGGUGGCAGCAACAAUCUGUACAAAGCUGGUGCUGUAACCAUGUUGUGCUCUGAUGGUUGGGAAGAUAAGCCCAGGGCAUGCAAAUAGAUUGCAUUCAGUCAGCUGUGUUCAACCUGGACAGGCCUUCUGCAGAGACUUGCCCAGGCCAUAAAUUCUGCCAACAGACACCUUAAAGUCAUUUCUUUCAGCAGAGCAUUUACUGUGAUCAAAUGACAAGUUAACUGUGCUGUAUUUUUAGCUUGGAGUGGGAGGAAAAUACUGAAGAAACAGCUCCUAUCCCUAGCAGAUAACAGGGGUCUCUAAAUACAUUCCUCAGGCACACCACGCUGCAGAGAUCCCAAGCAGGCUCCAGGAAGAGCCAGACCGCAGCGCCAGGCACGAGCUAACAAUCCCCGUGUCUUGGUACCAUGGGAGAGUCUGGCUGCUCUUGGAAUCAGGGCUGGUAUGUCCCACGAUAUUUCCCUGCAUGCUGGACAUGCCAGCUUAGAGCUGUCCUGAGCAAUCCUGAGUCAGUGCAUGGGCAGGAGAGCCCCUGGAUAUCGAUGUCAAGGGCCAGAGUUCUGCUUGCCAGGCACUCUCCUCUAGGAGGAAGUGACUGAGCCUGUACAUGUUGGCAGAGCAUGCAAGUACCUCUCAAGUAUUAUACAAAGAGAGCAGUGGUAUUUCCUCCUUUUGCCAGGUCUAGGGCUUGGAGCAAAGCACUGGAGCAAGUAAAGAACCAGUUCCCCUCCAAGCUCUGCCAAAUUCUCUCUCGAUAACCUUUGGCAAGGCACUGCACUGGGCUUUUGUUUUUCCACCCCUCCUGGUGGCGUGGGGCCAUUCACUCAGGUUUGUGGAGUCCCCUGAGUUCUUAACAGGAAGGACAAAGUAUUAUUGUAACAUUAUUAUAACACAGACAAGUGUUUUCAGUUAAUUGGGGCAUUGUAGCAGCACUUGGCUCGCUCCAUAACUGCAUCCCUGAACACAUGGCCUUGGACAAUGACACCAGUGGGAAUUACCCUGGGAACAGGCUGGAGCCAUUCCACUCCAGGGGUUUAUGAAGGAGUGCCCAUCACGGGCAAAGAAAAAAUGGUCCAGGUUGAAAAUUCAUGUAUUGCCAGAAGAGAACUGUCCUCAGUUCCACUGCUGUAAAUCCCAAGUUAUUCUCCUAAGACCUAAAAUGUUCUUGUCCCUUUUAUGCUGUGCCUAAGCUGUAAGUCAUUAAUAUGUACCUGGAAGCUCAAACCCAGAGUCUGUACUCCUGGCUUUACUUGUACACUGUAAAUAUGUAUUUAUACUUACUCUAAUGUAUAUUUUUUUUGCACUAUACCAGACAGUGACAUGUACAGGCCUGCUGGGAUUUAUCUGAUAAAUCUGUUCCUUCUUAGUAACUGGGCUAACAUAAUGUAUUUCAUGUUCAAAACACUCAUUUAAGGAAUGGCUCACACCUGACUCUGGGGACACAGGCAGUGGGGAUGGUGCAAAAGGAGAAGGGAAAGAGUCUUGGGUUGCUCUAUGGUUUGAAUGGGAAUAAAGAUGGAAAUUCCCAUGCAGGAAAGGGCUCCCGUCAGAGAGACUUUCAUCCUGGAGACAGAUUGGUGCAGAGCCCCACGGAGCCAGAGCCAGCCCUGCAGAGCAGGAGGGCACACCAGGUACAUGGAAUGUGUGUCCAACAGACAGUGCCAAAGCCCUCCAAAAAUCCCUGCUGUCCUUCCCUGAGCCAUUCUGGGGAAGGUGCAUAACCUGUGACGGAGCUGGUCCCCAGCCCCACACACACCUGUGAACAGCCACACAUGCACAAGCCUUGCUCAAGGUAAAGUCACUUCAGCUUAUUAAAAUUACUGCCCAAAAUGCAAACUGUGUUUGUUAUUCCCCUUGUCCUCCACUAAUCUGCAAACAGAAAUAUUCAAAGAGGGUGUCAGCACGUGGACUGCUCGGGAGCAAAACCCUGCAGCCCCAAACCACAGAGGCACCCCAGCACAGACUUCCCUGGGGACAGCAGGGGUGUCUGACUCAUGUAAAGCUUCCCAGUUUUGGCCAUUUGGAGUCAAGUGCUGGCACACAUCAAUUGGCAAGAGUGCCUGUGACCACUCAUAAAACCAAACCAGACAGCUGGUUCUUCUGAGCCUCGUGAAGAAGAGCUGCUGUGUCCAUUAGAUUUUAAUCCUGUCCUUGAUUCCCAAGGUACAGAGGAGCUAUAACCUUCAAUGGACAGCUGGAAUCUUCUCUCCUGUGUGCUCCUACAGCUUCUCCCUCCAAACACAGCACACAUCACCCCCGUCCUGUCUGCUAUUUCCCCAGGACUCCAGGGAGGGUUACUGAGCCCAGACAUUCCUGAGGGGCAGCUACACUGGAGGAGGCAGUGCCAGGAGAGGACUGGUGCUGUUAACACUUAGCCUGGUGCUUGUGAGGAGCCUGGGAAGCCCGGGGAGCCCAUCCCAGGAGAUCCAGGGACGACUUAGACUGGAGGGGCAGCGAGGGGAGGAGCACACUGGGAUGGCUGCAGGCAAUGUGCUGCUGCAGAGCUCAGGAGAACCCAGCUGUGGCCAGAGCAGUGCCGGGGAUGCAGGCUGACCCAUCCCCACAGGCAAAAGCAGCGUAUCAGAGACACAGCCCAUGCCUCAAAGGCACCAGCGAGCCACAGACAGGAGGUGGCAAAAGGCAGGAGAGGACAGGGAAUUAACUUGCAAUGUUUUCCACUAAGAUACUACAGUUUCUUCCUGUUGAGUAAUGAGUUGCCACUUUUAGAUCACCUAAUGCCCAAGCCCUGGCAUCGCUUGAGGCCUGCGGAUGCCAGCAGCCCAAAGGAAAAACAAGGCAGAGCCCCACUGCCCCCUCUUCCCUCCCAGCACAGCACCAGCCGUGGGCAGACCUGCUACAAAGGGCAGGCAAAGGGCUGCCCUGAUCCUUGGAGCUGCUGAAUCUGCACCACGGGCACCCAAGGAUGCUCAGCACCCCUCAGGAGCAGGCCAUGGCUGUCACCAACUCCAAACUGCUGAAUCUGCACCCAAGGAUGCUCAGCACCCCUCAGGAGCAGGCCAUGGCUGUCACCAACUCCAAACACACCUGGCCUUGCUCUCCAAACAUGCAAAUCCUCCUCAGUUCUGAUCACUCUGGUACGGCCCCUUUCUCACCACCUCCCCUUGUAUCACAAACAUUCUGGUCAGUCAGUCAAGGAAACAGAUAGCAAAAAGCAAAAUCUCAACUAAUCUCUGUGGCUGAAGAAAGAGCUGAUUGUUUUUGCCUCUCUUUGAGCUGGCUCUGUACUUCCCCAGUCCCCUUCACACCUUCUUCCCUUUAUUGCUAGGGAAAAAUAAAUCCUGGUCUCUGGGCUGUUUUGUUUAGCAAAUGAGGGACAUGCAAAGCACUAACCCCGGGCACUGUCAGGAGGAGAGAGGUGCCUCUGUGUCUUCCAGACAGCCUUGAGGCACUGAGAGCAGCAGCCCAGAAGAGCUGUGAUUAAGGGUGGAUUUCAGUUUGGACACGGGAUGAAUCCCUCUUCCUGAUGAGGACAGAGCCAGGGGACACCCGCAGGAAGCAGAGGGGUGUUCCCAGCCAGCACAGCAUUAGGCUGGAACUUAUCUUCAGGUUGUAAUAACCUCACAGACUGCGAUCCUGGAGAAGGCAAGAUCCUAAAGCUCUCUUGUGUUGGCAAUUGUUAAGGCAGCCCUAAACAGAACUGAGAGGAAGGACAGGGAAGGAUUAGACUCCAGUUGGGUGCAGGUUCUACUGGUUAAAGGGAUUUGCUGCAUCUGCUUCCUUCCCGCCUCAGACACCACAAGAAGGGGUUUUCAGUGAAAAAAAAGAUAAGAGUGGAGUCCCUUGUCCUCACAGCAGGUUGCUCCCCAGUCUCAGGUGAUGGAGACACAGCAGCAGUUUAAAUCCAGCCCAUCAGCAGAGAACACAAAAGGGAAACUUGAAGGUGUGGGGCAAUCUCCCAGAAAUAGCUACAUACACAUUUCCUUGCACAGGGAAAACAUUCCUGCCUGCCAUUAAGGGGCUAACAUGGGACUGGAUAUGGAGCUCAUCCUGCAGUGCUGCUACAGAAUAACAAAACAAAACAAAAAAAAAAAGCACAUCAUAAACCAUUUUUAAACAUUUAAUCUGCUCACAAAGCAGAGAUUUCCCCUGCCUUUUCACCUGGAAUAGCAUAUCCACUGAGAGGAAGCAACCCAGAACAGCCACACAAAAAUUAUUCAGGGAUAGUGAAUCUCUGUGCUGGAUGAGAAGAGAACACAGAUCUCUGCAGAAUUCCUGGCCCACCAUCUUAAAACUAACAGUCACCAUGGACACACACUGAUCUUAAGGCUGCAACUCUAAACUGAGACUUAAGAUCUGCCACACAUUUCCUGCAUGACCUUGGGCAAGACUUGAGUGCUGGAUUUCUGAAGUUGUUCAGCACACUGUGAAGCUCUCAGAAGAUCUUCACCCCAUCUGUGAGAGGAGGAUAAUCAUUCCCCCUCUCCCCUUCAUUUCACUUGUUUAUUUCAACGGUAAGAUAGUCAGGGAUGAGACUGCUCCUCCUUAUCUCCCACAUCCAGCACCUCACACAAUGGAGCCUUGAUCUGGGCUGGAACGCCCAACUGUGGCAGCAAUAACCAGUGAUAGGAACUGAAUCCAGCAGA